AUGGGCCUACUACAUCUAGCCUUUGACAAUCUUACCACCACCUCUUCGCCGCUCCUUCGACUAGAAGCGUUGCAGACCAAUCUGACACCUGCCUUGUACCGCUCGCCCGCCAUCCUCGACACAUCAGUUCUGGAGCUUGGCUUUCAAAACAGUAGCGAGGUUGCCACUGAAGCUGCUCUCGACACGAUGCAUACUGGCGCAAGCCCAUUGCUUCAAGACUCGCACCUUGGGGAGGAGACUUCAUCCUUCACUUUUAGCUGGACGCCGCUGUUGGGCGGUUCUUCGGCCUUUGGGCCUUGGGAGCUUGGUGCGUACAAUCGAGGAGACACUGAUCCGAAACAGCAGCGCUGACCUUAUUUCUGCAACGUGAAUUUGCUCAGCUGCGAACGCAGAUCAUGGAGCACUUUGCAGUGCGCUCAUUGACAGACAGAGCAACUUCUCGGAAGGUAGCAGCAGCAACAGCGACAGUAGCGGUGGCCAGCCUGGCAGCCCUUCGAGCGCGCCAAAUCUGAGUGUCGAGGGCCCUCCCAUGUCGGCGUGGAAUGACGUUCCCAACAGGUCCAACACCAGAUCAAGCUCAGAUGCAUCGGAUGACGAAGCGCUGGUCGAGGACGUUUGGCCUGAAAGUUCGAAUGGCAGAUCGCUCAGACGGGUCCGCCGCACCGCUUUCAACGAUACCACUGGUGCGACAAACGACGCAAUCACCGCAUCUGGAGGUGGCUCGAACGGCAUAUUCACUCCAGUCACACUGGUCGCACCUGCUCCUAAGAUCGCUGCGGCGACUUCUGAAGCCACCGUUGCGAAGCUUUGCUCCGUCGCUUCGCCACCAGAGCUCAGGCUAGCAAUUGGCCCGAACACCACAAUGACCUCUGCUCCGCAGUCUGCGUGGGCUGAUCUGUCGCAGAAGAGUGACGGAGAGAAACAGUGUGCGGCAUUCGAUGCCAGAAACGUUGUAGCUCCUAAUCAAGUGGGUUCGGCUCGAACGCAAAACCCACAUUCGGACGCGGCGCUCGAGCUCUCGUCUUCGACCGCCUUCUCGUCUGCUCAAUCGAGCACGGGUGUGGGCGCUCUGUUCCAACGCCGUGCGCACGCCUCGCGCGCAGGUGAUAUGCCUGCUCCCAAACCCAUCGGGACAUCCACGCUGAGCGGUGCCUUCACAACGCCACUCUCUGCUGCGCCUCUGCCCGCGAAGCAGCACAGUCAAGCACGCACGGCUACGUUUCCGUUAAGCCAAACCUGGGAUCAGCUUUCGCCGGAGCAGCAAUCGCGCGUCAUUCAGCUGCAAAGCAAUAUCGCAUCAGAAGCUCAGACUGGUGCCCAUCGUCCCCGCGGAGACAGCGGUGUGAGCGGGGAGGGCUCAUCUGUCCGAGCAGCCGGCAACCAGGCUGCUCUGAUAUAUCCUCGCGGCCGGCAGGAUCACGCAUCGAAACCGCAGGGACCAGGGUCAUCUGGAUUUGCGUACACUUCCAUGGGUUUGUUAACACCCAUUUCGCCAGUCCACGCACUUGCACCGAGCUCAGCACAGGUGCCCUCACAUCAUUUUUCGCCGGCGUCUUCAGCAUUCAGGGUCAGCACCAUGCCUAGCGAUAUGGCUGCUUCUUACGGUGUGCCCUUUAACAUGAAUACAGCAGUCAUUGGCAGCAAUGCUUUAGGACUCUCCCAGCCAUUCCCUGGGACCAAUGGAUUGUCGAGCUGUCCCAGUACCGGCCUGCAGGCGAUCGAUCCGUCAUCAUUUGGCGCCUUCACAUCGGAAUAUCCUGAUCCACCUGCGUCUCUGUUUCACAAAGAACGCCAGUCGUCGCACGCUCCUCUUUCACCACGCUCCCCGAACAAAGCGAAGAGCGCACCUAAUCUUCGCUCUGUCGACCCGCAACAGCACCAAGAUGCUCCUUCCCGUUCGCCUCGCAAGAUCGCGAGCAAUCGUCGACUGCACGCGUCGUCAAACGCGUCGACGAUGCCGACGGAGACUAGUCCCGCCAGCAGCUUCAAUAGCGGAAGGCCGCGCACCAUGACAUUGAGUAGCGCAAGUAGCGGAUAUCGUACCCUCGACAGUCCCUCUUUCCCACCCACUCCAAGAAGCGGCGGUAGCAUCUCCUUCGUCAACUACGGAAUCGAAGAUGCCGACGAGCUGUGCGCAGCUGUCGCUCCUAGCGGUAGUUACAAGAUUCCACUUCGCGGAUACGGCUCUGCUGGCGAUAUCAAGGAAGCGGGGGAGAAGGGCGCAAAGGCCGCCAAACGGGACGGUCCGCGCUGGGAAGAGCGAAAAGACUCUGCUUCUUCCAGCUCUGUAAAGGCCAGGGCUGUGAAGAGGCGCAAGAGCGUGCCCAAUCUCGCCGAAAGGGCAUCCGCGCCAAAGGAGGACAUUCCCCCUGUCCCUCCUUUGCCCCCCGCGUUUGCAGCUGCCAAAUUGUCGUAA